AUGCUGUCUCGCUUUGGCUUCGUAACACCGUCACGCCCACCAUAUCUUUCGUUGUUUCGCCUUUCAUGCGGUGCACCCCACCUCUGGUGCCGCCGCAUGCUGAGCGUGGGCAACACCACUAGCAGUGAAUCUCGGGCGGAGAGCAAAAAGGCACCGCCGUUCCCCGCAAACUUUAGUGUGGACCCUAAGCAGCUCCCUGACACCAUACCAGGCGUCUCGCGUGAGGAGCUGGCGGAGCGACUCGAAAAGUACCAGCAGGAGCUUUCCUACAAGACGUCACAGCUCACUGCUCGUGAGCUUGCGAACGAGAUUGAAAUGAUGCGCCGUGCUCUGCCGCCAGACCAGUUCCAUCAAUUUCUUCAGGAUGUGGACUCCAUGGCGGAAAAGAAUGAACGGGAAGUAGCGCGACUUAGUGCUAUGUCACCACAGCAGUUGUAUCGGUACCAUCAGCGCCAACGGCGGCGACAGCGUUUCCAAGCGAUUCGGAAAAAUAUCAUGAUUCUCGUCUCGCUCUUCGGCACUAUUUUCUUUUUAUUUUUCUUCAUGUUCUUCUUUGGGUAG